CCGCUCCUCCCGCCGACCGUCUGCAGCUCGGGAAAGAUGGCGGCACUGAGGGCUCUGUGCGGCCUCCGCGGCCUCGGGGCCCAGGUGCUGCGGCCCGGCUCGGGGAUCCUCCUGCCGAGUCAGCCCAGCAGAGGUGCUCGGCAAUGGCAGCCAGAUGUGGAAUUUGCAGAGCAGUAUGCAGGACCUGUCAUGUACCCCUCCAAGGAAACAGCCCACUGGAAACCGCCUCCUUGGAAUGAUGUGGACAUUUUGAAGGAAAAGACGGUGACCAAUGUGACCCUGAACUUUGGGCCCCAGCACCCAGCGGCCCACGGAGUCCUGAGACUGGUGAUGGAGUUGAGUGGAGAGAUGGUGCGCAAGUGCGACCCUCACAUCGGUCUUCUGCACCGGGCCACCGAGAAGCUCAUUGAGUACAAGACCUAUCUGCAGGCCCUUCCAUACUUUGACCGGUUAGACUAUGUGUCCAUGAUGUGUAACGAACAGGCCUAUUCUCUGGCUGUGGAGAAAUUGCUGAACAUCCAGCCUCCUCCCCGGGCACAGUGGAUCCGAGUGCUGUUUGGAGAGAUCACACGGCUUUUGAACCAUAUCUUGGCUGUGACCACACAUGCCCUGGACAUUGGUGCCAUGACUCCUUUUUUCUGGAUGUUUGAGGAAAGAGAGAAGAUGUUUGAGUUUUAUGAGCGGGUGUCUGGAGCCCGAAUGCAUGCUGCUUACGUCCGGCCAGGAGGAGUGCACCAGGAUCUACCUCUCGGCCUCCUGGAUGACAUUUAUGAAUUUUCCAAGAACUUCUCAGCGCGGAUCGAUGAGGUGGAGGAGAUGCUGACCAACAAUAGGAUCUGGCGAAAUAGGACAAUCGACAUUGGGGUUGUGUCAGCAGAAGAUGCACUUAACUAUGGAUUCAGUGGCGUGAUGCUUCGGGGCUCGGGCAUCCAGUGGGACCUGCGGAAGACCCAGCCCUAUGACGUGUAUGACCAGGUGGAGUUUGAUGUUCCAAUUGGCUCUCGAGGGGACUGCUACGACAGGUACCUGUGUCGUGUGGAGGAGAUGCGCCAGUCCCUUCGAAUCAUCGAGCAGUGUCUGAACAAGAUGCCUCCGGGGGAGAUCAAGGUUGACGAUGCCAAAGUGUCUCCACCUAAACGCGCAGAGAUGAAGACUUCCAUGGAGUCACUAAUUCAUCACUUUAAGCUGUAUACUGAGGGCUACCAAGUUCCUCCAGGAGCCACGUAUACUGCCAUUGAAGCUCCUAAGGGAGAGUUUGGGGUGUACUUGGUGUCUGAUGGCAGCAGCCGCCCUUACCGGUGUAAGAUCAAGGCCCCCGGUUUUGCCCACCUGGCUGGUUUGGACAAGAUGUCUAAGGGACACAUGCUGGCAGAUGUCGUAGCCAUCAUAGGUACCCAGGAUAUUGUGUUUGGAGAAGUAGACAGAUGAACAGAGGCACAGCCUUUGUGAGCUCCCCUGCCUGUCAGCUUCCUCUUCAAGGACUGUCCCUUGUGGGAAAUGAGGUUAUGUGUCUUUGUGGUAUAGACAAACAUACUUGUACACGUUGACCUACCUGUACAGGUUUUCUGUGCAUGUACUAGAAAAGGAGAAAUUAUAUUAAAUUAGCCGCCUUCCGGCGCCUAUGCUCAA